GGGCGACUUAGGGUUACCAUCAUCGGCGACGGCGCGGAAUUCGGAUUGAUGGCGAUGGCGUCCGUAGUGGAGGAGCCGGAGAUUGAGAGUUGGGUGGACGUCUUCUUCGACGAGGCGGCGAUGUUGUUCUUGGCGCAGAAGGCGGAGGCGAGUAAGGAGAAGAAGGCGCGGCAGGAAGAGGAGAAGGCGCGGAAGGCGGCGGAGUGCCGGCGGAGAGCCCUAGCACACCGGCAGGUCUUGGACUCCAUCCUCGAGCACGACCCCAAGACGAAGCGCCGGGUCUACACCCGUUACCCCUUCACCGACUUCUCCGUCUUCGACAUCGACGCCAAGUCGCCUAUCCCUCCAAUGCGAUACACUAAGAGGUGUAUAGAUGGCUUGGGUCUCGAAGACACUGCAAACAUACUUUCUGUCAAGAUUGUCUCCUCGGAUAAAGGCUUCCCCAUCAAUGUGUAUGGCACUAUCAUAGCUAGAGACAGCAUCGACCACAAGUGUAUGUACCUCUUUAACCGCCACAGGGACAAUUGCCAGCCUAUCAGGUGCAGGGAGGAAAAUUUGAUCUUAACUGGCCCAGGUCGAGGUCUGGUAUUACUUGAUUUCAUAUAUCUGGAGAUAGAUCUUAAAAUCAAGGUUGGUGAAAAGCUUCUAGGCGAGCAAAUCAGCAAGGGUUUGCUUAUGAUUGAUGGGCGAGUGCUGCCUAGGGACGAAAAGGUUAAUGUUGGACAUCAAACUCUGGAGAGCUGGUUUAGUAUUGUGGAGGUGAGGUAUGCAACUAUACUAAAUGCAGUCGAGGCUACCUUCGAGAUUGAGUUACUUGAGGGACGUUUCUGUGGAAAAAUCAUGGCUGGCAUCAAGGGCAUCGAGCCUAGGAUUGUGAUUUAUAAUAGCGGGCAAGACGGUGUGGUGUCUUGCGAAGACCGUACAGUUAUCAAGCUGCGCAGGCGUGUCAUGACCCUCCGUCUGAAUGGUAUUCUCAAAUUCGGCUUCGAAGUCCGUAGUGAUGGUGGUGGUGCUACCAGAAAACAGAAAGUUGAAUUCACUCCACAACACCGUGGUGAAGAGAAAAAGGAGACUUGUUGUGGUACUGCCAAGCUUCAAGUGAAGGUCUUCUGGUCCAUGCUGGACUUUAGGCCGUAAUCCUGGAGUAACAUGACAAACUAAGUUGUGGUGUAAUGAA